CACGAUUGCAUUUUACUGCAUGAUAUGGCAAAGUUAUAAGAAUAUGGUUGAUUUUAUACAAUAAUGAUUUGUAAAUGAGUUGUGAAUAUUUGUCAAUGUUUAUUAUUUAAAUAUAAAAAUGAAGAAAGAGUAAUAUUAUGAAAUAUAUCUUUUAAAUAAACUAUAAUAAAUUUAUUUAUUAAUUUUUAUACAGAUUUCAUUGUUUAUGGACUCAAGGAACUUUGAAUGGUGAAGUUGUCAUAUAAAUGGAAUUUCUUUAAAAUUAUGAAAAUCAAUGCGUAUACAAUAAUAGUAUUAUCCAGUCGAAGAGAUUCUUAAAAAAUCAUUCCUCGAUUACUUAUUAUAUUAAUCAUAAUACAGUUGACAACAAUUUCAAAUGUCUCUUGAUGAUGAUUUUGAAAGACCGUUUGAAGAAUUUGAACCUCUGCAAUGGGGAGCUCUACGAGAACUGUGCCACGCUAAUAAAGACUACUUUUCGACGCAUCAAGAUGAAAAUGGAUCAAGAAUCAGAGCUGGUCUUUUGGCAAUAUUGGAUCACUUAGAAAAGAUGCAACCUAUAUAUAAAGAAAUAUCAAGAAUCGCACCAAUGUUUGAUUUUGAUGAACAAACCCCAGGAAAUGGAUAUAGAAGCUUUUUAGUAUUAGUUGAUAGAUGUAUUAUGCACUCUGGUACGGUAUGCCGUCAAAUGUAUUGUCAAAAGGAUUCCUUCCUUUUUCGUAAAAGUUAUUAUAUGCGAGAAAUUGAGGCUUGCUCUCAGUUGUUAGCAUCUUUAUACACUUGUCUACAAUACUUGAAAACUCUUUACUCUUGGAGCGAUCGAAUGAAAGACGGAAAAUUAUCUUUGUUUUCUUCUAAUGAACAUACUCCACAAGAACUUUUAAAUCAGGCAGAGAAUAUAAAUCAAUAUUGUUUUUAUGGUAGAUGUUUAGGAUUUCAGUAUUGUGACAAUAUAAAACAUAUUUUAAAAACCUUAUCAGUUUGUUUGGCCUCAUUUAGUGAAGUUUAUUAUUCUAAUGGAACAUUAUUUGGACGAUGCGCUAAUUCUUUAAAAUAUAUAUUGGAUCCAGAAGCAAGAGCACGUCGUAUUGUUCACGUAUCUCAGCAUGCAGAUGUUUCAUUUUGUCAAGCUUUCUGGUUUUUGAGUGAAAAUGAAAUGCUAUGCAGUUCAGUAUCAAUGGUAGUACCAUUAAGUAUAAAUCAAGUGAUAUCUAUACCUCCUGAAGAAUUAACACUUGAUACACUUGAUGGUGGUAAAAUCUCUAUUCCAAUACCAAACAGUCAUAUAGGGAGAAAGCCAAUACAUGUCCGAUUACUUAGUGCUGUACGUCGUGUUGGAAUGGUCGGAUCUGCAGGUAUUGGAGGUGAAUUACUUGGUUUAUCCGAGAGUUUGAUUAUCCAUUCUCAUGGGGGAGGCUUUGUAGCACAAACUUCCCGUUCGCAUGAAGCCUAUUUACGAACAUGGGCAGUAAAAUUAGGUGUGCCUAUUUUAAGUAUAGAUUACAGUUUAGCACCAGAAGCACCAUUUCCUCGUGCUCUUGAAGAAAUAUUAUACGCUUACGCAUGGUCAUUGAAUCAUGCGAGUACACUGCUUGGAAGUACAGCACGAAAAGUACUUCUUAUUGAAAUGAAUAUAAGAAAACCAGAUGGUAUUUUUAUGGCAUAUACACCAGUAUUGGUAGAAUUUGUAACAUCACCAUCUCGGUUAUUAAGUCUAACUGACCUAUUGCUACCUUUUGGUUUUAUGAUGCGAUGCCUAAAAGCUUAUGCUGCAAUGGAUAAUAAAAAGACCUUAGGCCCUAAAGACAAAAAUCAAGGUAACAAUGAAGUGAUAGAAUCAGAAACUGAAUCAUUUGCAGAAGUUAGCGAGAGUGAUCUUAUAGCAUUAGCUCUUAGUCCUAAUGGAGACGAAACAAAUGAUGCACAUAAACUUGCCUCACUUCCAUCUGACUCUACAUUAAACUCUGUAAGCCUAACAGAUGUUGAUGGCAUAGAUCAUCCAAAGCAAGAAGUUAGAUCUCAAGAAUAUAUCAAAAAAUUUUUAGAAAUGUAUAGAAAUUCAAGCAUACGUACUUCAGUCCCUGUACUAAAUAAUUAUAAUGGUACAGAUGUCAACCCUCCAAGUAAUGGCAAAACAUGGUCACUUUUUGGAUGGCCACUUGGUGGAGAUAAAAGAGAAAUUAGAGAACUCGAUAUGACGGCACGAGCAAAAAGUCCUUUAGAAGAAUUUGUGUUCACAGUUCCGAAAGAUCCAUUAUUGAGUCCAUACCUUGCAUCAGAUGAUCUCUUAGCUCGUUUACCACCCACCAAAAUUUUAACGAUGGAACUGGAUCCUUGUCUUGAUGACUGUGUUAUGUUUGCAAGAAAACUAAAAUUGCUAGGAAAUGUAGUGACUCUUGAUAUAUUAUCUGGUUUGCCUCAUGGAUUUCUUAAUUUAGCACCAAUUUCAAAAGAAGCAUAUGAAGGUUCUGAACUUUGCAUUAAAAGGAUCCUGGAAUUAUUACAGUUGUAAUUUUAUAUAUACACACAUACACACACACACACACACACACAUAUAUAUAUAUAUAAAAUUAUACACAUGGUGUAUAUGCUAAAAAGCUUUGUUAAAAUGUGAUGGUCUGUAAAACUA